AUGGAAAUAUCUAAGGAUACCCAUAUGUUAAGUCUUUCAGACACUGUGGAUAUUGUUCAUGAUCCGAUGUUUGAGGUGACUUGGACCGCAACAGAUAAAGAAAACCCCCGGGCCUGGUCAAUCUGGUAUAGAAGCUUUAUCGUCGCCUCUAUGUCCUUUUCGACUACCAUUGUGGUUAUAUACACGACAAUAUACACUUCUAGUGUUAAGGGGAUGCAAGACGCGUUCAACAUAUCCUCAGAAACCGUCGUUCUUCUUGGGCUUACCACCAAUUUAUUUGGCCUUGCAAUCGGAUCAGUCAUACUGUCAUCAUUAUCUGAGGUUUAUGGUCGACGUCCUGUAUAUCUGGUCUCUGUACUAUUGUUCGGGCUCUUGAUAUUGCCUGUCGCACUUGCCGAAAAUAUCGAAGCGGUUUUGAUCAGUAGAUUUUUCGGUGGGUUUUUCGGUGGAGUCAUGAUUUCUAGUGCACCAGGAAGUGUGACAGAUGUGACAGAUGAUAAAUAUCGAGCUUUAGCUUUGAGUUGCUGGAGUCUCGGAACCAUGAAUGGGCCAGUGCUUGGCCCGAUAAUUGGUGGAUUUCUCUUUCAAUACCUUGGAUGGCGCUGGAUAAACUGGUUGAUCUUAAUCUGCACCGGAAUUUCAUUAAUUCUCAUGGCCGCAGUCAAAGAGACUUAUGCACCUGCUCUUCUUCGUAAGCGCAGAAUAAAAAUGCAAGAACAGACUGGUGACUGUCGGUGGUGGUGCCGGUUUGAUCAUGAAGGAGGAAAUUAUCAAGUUUUGAAGAGUAACUUGAUCCGCCCUCUUCGAAUGAUUCUUUUUGAACCUAUCUGUAUAUUCUGGAAUCUUUACGUCGGGAUUGUCUAUGCUGUGCUGUUUCUAUGCUUUGUCGCAUAUCCCAUAAUAUUUGAAGAACAUCGUGGAUGGUCUCCGGGUUUGGCUGGACUCAGUUACUGUGGUAUUGGGACAGGUACAGCAAUUGCAGUCAUUUUAGAACCUGUCAUUCGAAGAAUCAUCGCGAUGCAUCGCUGCGACUCAAUGACGGGUCACCCUUCUCCUGAAGCAGCAGUAUUUGCAGUUUGCCUUGGAAGCAUACUUAUUCCCAUCGGGGAGUUCUGGUUCGCAUGGACAGCGGACCCUUCGGUUCACUGGAUCUGUCCAAUUCUUGCUGGUCUUCCUUUCGGGCUUGGAAAUGGCUUGGUUUUCAUUUAUGCAACAAACUACAUGGCUGGAAGCUAUCAAAUAUAUGCUGCAUCCGCAUUGGCAGGCAACUCCAUCGUACGUUAUGGGCUUGCGGGACUUCUUCCUCUCGCUGGAUCUAAACUGUACUAUAAAUUGGGACCCAACUGGGCCGGGACCAUGUUGGCGCUGAUUGAAGUUAUUUUAAUUCCCAUUCCAUUUUUCUUCUACAAAUUUGGUCACAAGAUUCGCUUACGAAGCUCUAUGAUUGUGAAGGAAAUAGUGACAUAG